AUGGAUUAGAAUAGUAUAGAUUAUUACAAGAUCUGCAUUGAUUCAAUUUUAUGUUAAGAUAAUUAAUGUUAAAAAGAACAUUAGAGGGCAUAUUUUGGAUUGUGUGUUAAAUUUUUGCAAAUGAACUAAGAUUGGGAAAAUGAAUAGUAAGAAGAAGAUCAAGAAGAUGAUUCAAAUAAAAAGUUUAAAGAUGAAAAGUGUCAAGAUUAAAAUUGCCAAUUAUGGCAUCUAAAUCUAAAUGAAAUUUAACUUUCUUUAUCAAUGGACUCAUCAAUUUUAGGCAUUUUUCCAAAUAAUUUGUGCAAGACUUUAAAUUGUGAUAAAAAGGCUUGUAUAUUAAUCCACAAAGAAUGGGCAUAGAAUAUUUGUUUAAAUUACAUAAUUAAUGGAUGCAGAAAAAAAAAAUGCCCCUUUAAUCAUCGUAAAUGGAAAGAAUUAAGAGAAAUAGCUGAAAAAAUUUCAUAAAUAAGUUUUAUUAAUCCAGAAGAAUUAUGCAUGAAGCAAGAUAAUUGUGAUUGUGGAAAACAUAUGGAUAUUCUAUCUUAAUAUUGUAUAGCAUAUUUAAAAGGAUGGUGUCCUAACAAAGUAUGUAAUAAAUAACAUGUUGAUUGGGAUUAAAUUGAAUUAAAAUCAAAUAAAUUGUUACCUUGUACAAAUCAAUAUUAUAAAUAUAACAAAAGUUUUGAUGAAAUGCUAAAAGAAGGUGAAAUGUAAUUACUCUGUGAAACAGUUUAAUUACAUAGAUUUAAAUAAGAGCUCUAGUAAUGUAAUACUAUUGAUGUUGUAUUUAUUAUGGAUUUGACAGGUUCAAUGUCACCAUGGAAAAAUGAAAUGUAAAAUACAAUUGUAAAUAUCAUAAAUGAAUUUUAAUAAUCAAUUAAAGGAUAUUCAGUAAGGGUUGGAUUUGUAGGAUAUAGAGAUUUUUGUGAUAAGAAUGAGUAAAUAUCAUAUCGAAAUCUUACUCAUAAUAUUGAUUAAAUUAUAGAUUAUAUUUCAAAAUUAGAAGCAAAAGGAGGUGGUGAUGAAGCAGAAGAUAUUGUAGGAGGAUUUGAAUAAGCUAUGAAAUUAAAUAUAUCAAGAAAUCCAGAAAGCUUAUUGUGUACUUUCUUAAUUGCUGAUUCACCAUGUCAUGGAGAAAAAUAUCAUGAAUUAGAUUCUGAUGAUUAUAAAUAUAAAAUGCCAGAAAAAUAUUUAGAAAAAGUUUUGGAAAAGUAUAAGGAUAUAAAAAAGAAAAACUUUCUAUGUUGUGUUAAAAUUAGUGAUACCACUGAUAUAAUGUUUAAAAAAAUGAAGGAAGCAUUUCCCUUUAUUACAAUUACAGUAAAAAAAUAGCCAAAGGAAUUAUCUGAAUUGGUUAAAUUUACUUUACACUAAUCUCUAAAAUAAUCAUAAAUGAUUCCUUAAGAAUAAAAAAAAAAAAUGUUUUAUAAAGCUUCCUUUUAAUAAUUCAAACUUUUUGUUGAUUAGAAUUCUUACGAUCAAUAAAAUAAAGUUAAUUUUUGGGAAGAAUUUGCUGAACAUGUAUUGAGGAAUGCAAGAAAGGGUUAAACUGGUUUAGAAGUAUAAAUAGAUAAUUCAGAAUUUAGUACAAAUAAUGAUGUUAAUUUUAAAACAUAAAUUGUUAAAGCUUUUGAUGCAAUCAACAACUAGUUUAUUAUUUUAAAAUUUCCUAAAAUAAUUUAAGAGAAUUUUCUAAAAAAUUAACAUAAUGAAUAAGAAAUUAAAAUAGCAGAGUUGUAAGCUGAAUCAAGAUUUUAUUCUUCUUCAUAUGCAUUUUAAAUGGCCUAUUUUUUUAAUUAAAAAUCAUUUAAAUCUAAGGAUAUACCAUUAAUAUUUUAUGUUUUACCUACUUUAUAUAAACUUGAUAAACCAUUGUAUGGAAUGACUACAAUUUAUGGAGAAACUUUUAUAGAUAUAUAAUAUUUAUUUUAGAAAUAUUCUAAUAAAAAUGUUAGAUUUGAAAAGUAUACUACCAAUUUUUGUAGUAGUGAUCAAGAAUUUUAUUAUUAUUCAGUUUUUAGUCAUUUUUCUUAUAUUGAAAGUGGUGGUUUAUUUGUAAUAGCUGAUUUAUAAGGAUGUGAUAAUAUAUUUUCAGAUCCAUCUAUUUAAACUAAGAAAAAUAGAAUUAAAAUAGAAAAAGAUGGUUAACCUAUAUAUAUAUUAGAUGUAGAUGAUACUAAUAUGAAGGAAAAUGGUAUUGAAAUAUUUCUAUAAUAAUAACAUGAAUAAUGUAGCUUGUAUUGUACAGAACUAAAAUUAUCAAGAGAAGAUUUUAAAUAAAAAUAAAUCAUUCAAGAUAAAAGUUAAUGGAAGAGAAAAUAACAUAUUUCUGGUAUAUGUCAUUUGUGCAAUUAAUUUGCAGAGAUAAAUUUAGAUGAAGUUUAAAAUUAAAAAAUAGAUUUUAAUUUAAAAUGCAAUCUUUGUUUGAGUGAAUAAAAUUAUUAAUAAGAAUUGUAGUGCAGAUGCUGUUAACAAUAUUUUAAAAUAGAGGUUUAAAUAAAGGUAAGAUUAGUAACAAACAUAAAUAUUUGUAAUGAAUGUAAAGGGAAGUGUUUUGAUAUUAAUCAACAUCACUGCUAUUACUGUAAGAAUAAAUGUAAGAAAAUGGUAACAUAUAUAACAAUUUAAUAAAAAUAACAUUUAAUAUGCAAAAGGGGAUAGGAAUACUUAUAAUAAUUAAAAUGUUAUAAGUGUGGAUCGAUAUACAAUUUUGAUAAGUUAAUCCCCAUAGAAAAAUAUAAAUUUGGUUAAUACUUAUGUUGUGAUAAAUAAUGA